ACCCGUAUUUAAUAUUGGCUUCUGCAUCUUUCCUGGGGUAAUCUUAAGAACAGUCAAUAGACGACCAACGGCAGGAGACAGGCAACUAUAAGCGUCGAACGAUUUUAAAAUAAUCAAUGGCAUCUAUAAAUAUUGAAGAAUUACCUGAUAGAAUCGGAGAAACCUUCAAAAAUCGAGAUAUCUUUAUUACAGGAGGAACAGGAUUUCUGGGCAAAGUGAUUAUUGAAAAGUUCUUGCGUUGUCUUCCUGAAAUUGGUCAACUUUAUUUACUUAUUAGACCUAAAAAAGGCAAAGACCCAAAAUAUAGAUUAGACGACAUAUUCAAUUCAGCAUUAUUUGAAAAAGUCAAAGGACAGAGAGGAAUUGAAGCUUUGUACGAAAAGGUUACGGUUAUAAGUGGCGAUGUCUCACUAACUGGCUUAGGUAUUUCACCAGACGAAAAAAAAUUGCUAUGCGAAAGAAUAAGUAUUGUUUACCAUGGAGCCGCAACUGUUCGAUUCGAUGAGUUACUCAAACGGGCAGUUCUUUUAAAUACACGAGGGACAAAACAGAUCUUAAAAUUGGCAAAAGAAAUGAAAAAACUUGAACUUUUUGCACAUAUUAGUACAGCGUAUUGUCAUUUAGAAGAAAAGGUUCUGGGCGAAAAACCAUAUCCUCCUCCAGCAGAUCCGCACAAAAUUAUUAAAUGUGUUGAGUGGAUGGAGGAUGAAGUCGUCGAAGCUAUGACAGAUAAAAUCCUUGGGAAUCUUCCCAAUACAUAUGCCUUCACAAAGGCUCUUUCUGAAGGACUCGUAGAAGAAACGAUGACGGAAAUUCCAGCAUUAAUUUUAAGACCGAGUAUCGUAAUCCCGGUGUGGAAGGAGCCAGUGCCCGGGUGGACCGACAACAUAAACGGUCCGACAGGUUUGCUGAUCGGAGCCGGGAAGGGCGUCAUUCGUACAAUGUAUUGUAAUGAAAACGGUUAUGCAGACUAUGUACCGGUGGACAUCGCGGUGAACGGUAUACUUGCAAUUACGUGGAACUUCAUUGGUAAUAAAGAAACUGAGAAGCGUGUUUAUAAUCUCACCAGCAGCAGCGAAUUCAAGGUCUCAUGGGCGGAGAUUAUUGAACGAGGUCGGAGGAUUACGGAGAAAGUACCACUUAACGGAGUCGUCUGGUAUCCCGGAGGUAGUAUGAAAAAAUCACGAUUGAUGCACAAUAUAUGCGUUAUCGUCUUCCAUAUGAUACCAGCUUUCAUCAUUGAUGCUAUCAUCUUCUUAGCUGGAUAUAAGCCUAUAAUGUGUCGAGUUCACCGUCGUAUUAAAAAAGGUUUCGAAGUAUUUGAAUAUUAUGCGAAUAAUCAAUGGGACUUUGAAAAUUCAAAUAUAUCAGAAAUUAGAGCACUAUUGAAUGAAAAAGAGCAAGCACAAUAUCAAUUACAUGGCGAUGAUAUGGAUUUAGAUGAAUAUUUUGAAAAUUGUAUACGAGCUGCAAGAGUGUUUAUUUUAAAUGAACCCCCAGAAACUCUACCUGCUGCUCGGCGUCAUAUGAGAAUAAUGUAUUGGGUCGAUAUAAUAACUAAAGUUUUAUUUUGUUUAUUAUUGAUAUAUACUUUAGCUUGUUGGAGCGAUAGUUUUAAGGCAUUACUUGUUGGUGGUUGGCAAUUAUUUAUUGAUUAUGGUCAUUAGUUUUUUAAUUGUGCCUUAUGUGUAUUUUUAUUUAUCUUUAUAUUGUAA